AUGGCUCCUGCUGCUCGCCAGCGGAGGCCGUUGGCUGCGAUUCUGCAGCGCAGUCGAGGCGCUCUGCUGGUGGCAUUGGCGGCUGUUGUAAUGAUCGGAGUCGCUCGCUUUCAUCUUCCACUCUCUCCCUCUCUCCUCUCCGCGCCAUCGCCGCCAGCAUCGUCGUUACGCUCGCCCUUUCUUCAACAGCCCCUGCCAGUACCGCUCAUCCACCGCCCGCUAACUGACUACUUCCAGCCUGACAGCCCACUGCCCCCCGCGCUGCCACCACUGCUGAACCCAUUGGCGCCGCACGUGCAGCUGCAGCAGCACGCGUUCGUGCACCUGCUGGCGCAGCACUCCGCGGCCUUCCAGCCCGGGCUGCUGCACGACUGGCUGGGCGCCACCGCCUUCUUCGAGUGGCUCUGCCCCCACCUCGCCCACCCUGGCGCGCAGGGGGCAGGAGAGGUGCAGGUGGGGAGUGCGGAGGGGGGUGGGGGCGAGGAGGAGGUGAGUGACGAUGCGAGGGUGGUGAGCGGGGCGUGGGAGGAGGGCGGCAGCGAGGGCGGGUGGGAGGAGGAGAUUCCGGUGGUGGAGUCACGGCAGCGCGUGUGUGCGGCGCACCUGGCCCGCGAGCAGCAGGCGGACGCCCACCCGGGGGGGGUGAGUGUGGACCCUGUCGGGGCGAGCGCACAUGGCGGGGCGGCACACGGGGAGGAUGGGAGUGCGGGCAGGGAGGGUGGCAGUGCAGGCAGCGGGGCGGGACGGGCAGCGGCGGGGGAGUACGCAGGGUACCUGCCAUCGGCAGACGGGGCGUACGUGGAGCUGCUGGACGCGCUGGAGGCCGUGCUGCGCUCCCACCUGCUGCCCGCUGCAGCAGUGGCCCAUGGGGGGAGCGCGGAGAAGCAGGGGGGCGAGGGGCGGUUCACGGUGGUGUCUGCUGGGCCGCUGCUGCACGCCAUGACUGCCUUUGCUGCUGCCCACGCCUACAGGCAGGUGCGGCCAUACGACGCCAUGGCGCUGGUGGUGGUGCAUCCCGACAUGCCCAAGCAGCUGCACGCCCUGGCUCGCCUCAAUGCCGUCCCACACUUCACUCACAUCCCCCUUGCCCUUGGGGGCGGAGAGGUGAAGGAGAGGGAGCCAGGCAGGUGGGCAACGGUGGGCGAUGUGCUGGCGGGGCUGCCACGCUGCGACCUGUUGGACAUCGAUGCUGACCGAGCGGAGAAGUUUGCCUUCGAUGACCCCGACGCCUUCACCCACGGUUGCUCCCUUGCUUCUGCCCUAACCCCUCCUGCGCUAUGCCCAUGGUUUCAUUGCUUCAACAGCUCUUCCAUGCUAGGGGGUGCAAGCCAUGCCAUGCGGCGCAAUUGUGCUGCCUUAGGUGGUACCACGUGGCCAAUCUUACUCAGCAGUAAUAACCCUCGCUCUUCCUCAUUCUGCCCACUGGCCCGCUUUUCAAUUCCCCAUGCUGCCUCCCUUCCCCCUGCAGUGCAGCGGGUGGUGAGGCGGGUGCAGAUAACAACGCACGGGGGGGACGUGCACGGCAAGCUGGAGGCGCUCUUCCGCCUCAAGGGCUGGCUCAAGGCCCUCGACCUCCCUCCCCCCGCUGCCGCCGCCUGCCUGCACCCCACGCGCGCCUUCAUGCGCGCACCCCCUUCCUCCUCCUCCCACGACCCCAAUGAAAGCUCCUCAUCCCAGCAGCCGCACAGCAGGCCUGCUUGUGCCCCGGUGCCACGGCCCGAGUGUGUGACGCACACCCCGUGGGGCCCCAUGCUGCUCAGGGAGGGGCUGCUCUCCUUCCUCAACCCCUCCUUCGCCCACCAGGAAGACAUCGUUCGCCCACCCCUCACCCCCCUGCCGCCUGCACUGCUCUGA